AUGAUUGGAAGUCUUUUGUACAUCACUGCAAGUAGGCCAGAUAUCACAUUUGUUGUUGGUGUUUGUGCUAGAUAUCAAGCUGAACCUAAGGCCAGUCAUCUCGUUCAGGUAAAGAGAAUUACCAAGUACAUUAAUGGAACAAGUGACUAUGAAAUUUUGUACUCUCAUGAUCCAAAUUCCAUGUGGAUUAGUUAUUGUGAUGCUGAUUGGGCUGGAAGUGCUGAUGAUAGGAAGAGCACAUCUGAAGGUUGUUUCUUUCUUGGGAACAAUUUAAUUUCAUGGUUUAGCGAUAAACAAAAUUGUGUAUCAAUAUCCACAUCAGAGGCAGAAUAUAUAGCUGCUGGAAGUAGUUGUACUCAGUUGAUUUAG